AUGUCUGUGUGUAGCCUGCUGAUCCUUGUGCUGCAUGUAUUUCUUACAGCACAAGCGCACACAAGUUUCGUCUUCAGCAAAUUUAAUGCAUCCACACUUUAUCAGGUCGAAUAUUCUUCCAUCCGCUCCGGUGCUAUCUGCCUCUCCAAUCAAUCACAACGCGUGUCUGGCCGAGUUUUAUAUCCUCAGCCUGUGCGAAUGAAAGAUUCCACUUCGACAAAUACGAGCUCAUCAUUCAGCACCACCUUCGUGUUCGCCAUGCUUCCUUAUUCUUCCGAUCCUUCACUCAGCGGGCAGGGGAUGGCCUUUAUCAUAACGCCCAGCAAGUCACCUGUGGAAAAUUCAUCAAAUCAGUACCUCGGUUUGUUGAAUAAUUCAAACAUCGGGAAGCCUGACAAUCAUCUCUUUCCCAUUGAGUUCGACACAGUCCAAAGCGGCGGUGUCGAAGACAUCAAAGCCAAUCAUGUCGGUGUGGAUCUCAACGACCUCAAGUCUGAAAAAUGUGAGGGUGCGGGGUACUGGAUUGGCAACCAAUUUCAUGAACUAUAUCUCAACAGUGGACAGAAUAUUCAGGCUUGGAUCGAUUACGAUCAUACCCAACAGCAAUUGAAUGUUACAAUAGUAGAAGCUGGUUCGCCUCGACCCCAAAAGCCUCUCAUAUCUCUCAAAAAUAUGACUCUGUCUAACAUCUUCGAAGAACAAAUGUAUGUUGGUUUCUCUGCAUCAACAGGAGCCGUCGUUGAAGACCACUGUCUCCUGGCUUGGAGCUUCAGCACAAAUGGAUCCGCGCCUGAGCUUGAUGUAUCUCAUCUUCCAUCCCUGCUUAAGCGCAAGAAAUCCAACUCGAGACUUAUAGCUGCUAUUACUACAACUUUGGUACUCCUCGUGUUGCUUUUGGUUGCAGCGGCCGUUUUUCGGUGGAAGAGAAACAAGUACAGAGACGUUAAAGAAGAAUGGGAGAUGGAAUAUUGGCCUCACCGUUUUGACUACAAAGAGUUACAUAUCGCGACUAAAGGCUUCCGAGACGAUAAAAUUCUGGGCUUUGGAGGCUUCGGGCAGGUGUACAAAGGAGUGCUCCCUAGUAAUGGCCACGAAGUUGCUGUAAUAUCCAUCUUCAGAAAGACCACAGAAAGCCUGAAGGAUUUCAUAGCAGAGAUUUCUGUUAAUUAUGGGUAG